AUGAAGCCCAUGAAUUACAGGGCCAGGAAACAGUUUGGUAGGCGGGCCGUACUCACUGUUGUGGUUAUUUUUGUGCUUUUAUAUCUGAGCUCUUCAUCAUCCUCUCCUAAGGCAGGCAACCAUGUAUCUGACAAGGAUGCAGUUGAUGACCCAUUCAGGAUGCAUUAUGAAUUUGGUCUGUAUCCUGCAAGCACAUUUUCUCCAUUCAGCUAUAUAAAUACAAGGAUAAUGAAGCUGAAAGAAGAGAAGGAUGACCCCAAGAAGGCCGGUAAGAAGACCCGCACUGAAUCAGAGGAGGACAAAAUAUUAUUGAACUGGAACAAGGGCUCCAGGUUUGAUCAAUGCCGACUAUUGGUGAAAGGUUUCUAUACAGAUGAGAAGUGGAACAAUAUGAAUCUGGUCUACGCUUGGUCUAGUAAGGACUAUAUGGAGAAGACAGCACAGUUUGCAGGCGAGUGUAUGAGAAUAUACAACUAUUGCUUCUUUGAAGGUGAUGUUAAUCCUCGGGAACUAUUCAAAAAGCUUGAUCUACAAGCAACUGAUGCUUAUGACUUCCAGAAAAGGAUGUUCUUCUUUUUGAAAAACGUAACACAAGAGGAUAGCGACUACUUGUACCCAACUAUAAAAAAUGUCCGCACUGGCGAAGUUGUCAGUAAACCAAAGACCAAACAAAGUCCACAAGAGUUUAACUCGAACUUCUUUGCUAACUGGAGAAAAAUUGCAUCUGGCAGAGGAAUUGUACUAUCUGCAAAACCUGAUGAUAUUGAUAUGCUGCGGCAACAAUUAAGCGUCUGGAAAGAACUAGGAAACAAAUAUCCAAUCCAGGUGGUUCAUAAAGGUGGAGAAUUAACCAGGGAUAAUGAAAUAUCAUUGAAGCAGUUUGCAGAGGAGACAGACCAAAAUAUAUAUAUUGUGGAUGCGGGUCCUGUCCUUGAUAAAAAUUUUGCGGAUGAGCAUAUAACCAAGUUCCACAAUAAGUGGGUAGGUGUACUAUUCAAUACUUUUGAGGAAUAUAUUAUGGUAGAUGCUGAUACUGUACCUUUUAUCUCAGCUGAAGACUUCUUCGAAUCUGAGAACUUCAAGAAAUCAGGAAUGAGAAUGUGGAGAGACAGAACGCUUACCAACAGACAUAUCCGUGAACAUUGCCCAGAUCUUGCCUUGAAACUUGAGCCAUCCUUGGAGGAACAUAGAAUCUUAGGAACUACACUAAGAUUUAAGUUAUUAGAUCCAGACUUAAAGCAAGAAAAGACAUCUGAAGAGAGAGCUUUCAACCAAAUGAGAACUAACUUGGCACUUCACCAUGUGGAUAGUGGAUUAGUAGUCAUAAACAAGAAAGAGAAACUGCAUAGCUUAUUGCUAUCAGAAUUCUUUCAAAACCACGCCCUAUUCAGAAGAUGCAGUUACGGUGACAAAGAGUUGUUUUGGUAUGCUGCCUUCUCUGCAAAUACAGAUUAUGUUAUAGAGCCCGAAGAUGCUGCAACUAUCGGUAAGUUAGAAUAUUCCGAAAAGGAUAGAAGAUACAGCAUUUGUGCCAUCCAAAUGGCCCAUACAGAUUCGAAUGAUCAACUACUUUGGACUAAUACUGGCUUAAGAAACUGUAAAAUACCUGAAGUAGCUAAGAAGGACUUCGAUGAGAAUCCAAAGAUGAUGACCGAGAAAUAUGGAAGUCUUGAAGUAAUGAAGAUAUCAUAUCACGCACCUUUGCAAAUAGAUGGUUAUUUGAUUCCUGAUCCAGAAGAACAUGAAUGGCAACAAACACAUGUUUGUGCUGACUACACAUACUGCGGUUUUGUCGAUGAACUGAAUAUAGGCUACAGCAAGGCUAAAGUACAUGAGUUUUCGGAUGAGGAGAAGAAGAGAUUGAAUAAAAUAUCCAAAAUAUGGAACAAUGCUGAUGUCAACAAAGAGAGAAAUAGAAUUGGUGUAUAG